AUGAUUCUUCCGCUGCAGACCCUGGCCCUGGGUGCCGCCCUUGCUCUCUCGAACCUCCCCCUUAGUCAUGGCCUAAGUGCCAGCGACAUUCCCGCCGAUAUUCCUGUCUCACAGUUGAUCUCGUCUGCUACGGCCGCUCUCGCCCAGGGCAACGGCCAGGAUGCCUUGACCUACUACGACGCUGCCAUCACUCGUGAUCCGCAAAACUACCUUACCAUCUUCCGCCGAGGCGCUGCCUAUCUUCAACUCGGAAAGAGUUCCCAGGCCAGCCACGACUUCGACCGCGUUCUCGCCAUUAAACCCACUUUCGAAGGUGCUCUUGUCCAACGAGCAAAGAUCAAGAGCAGGAACGGCGACUGGUCUGGUGCAAAGUCUGACUACGAAACGGCGGGCAAGAAAGAUGGAGAUGAGAUCCGCGAGCUACUAGAGGCUCAGAAUGCUGCCACUUUGGCACACAAGGCAGAACAAGACGGCCACUGGUCCGACUGCACCACUCAGGCAGAUAUCGCAGUCUUGGUCGCCGGAGGUGCAAUGGAUUUGAGACACACAAGAGCAAAAUGUCGCUUCGAGAAAGGCGACAUUGUCGAGGCUCUCAGUGACUUGCUGCACAUAGCCCAGGUGUCUUCUGGCUCUAGCGAACACCUCCAGAUUUCGGCCACAUCCUUCUACGCUCUCAACGAACCCGUCUCUGGCAUGGGCCAAGUCAAGAAAUGCCUGCACUCUGACCCCGACUCCAAGCCUUGCAGAAAGCUCCUGAAAGCAGAGAAGGUCGUCGACAAGCAAUUGAAGAAGGUGAAAGACGCCAUGGAAAAGAGUCGUUACAUCAACGCUGUCAACAUAUUGGUGCACACAAAAGAUGACGAGGGUCUUCUCAAGACUGUCAAGGACUCCACUCAGCAAUACCGUGACGAAGGCCUUAUCCACAAGAACGCUCCGGAUCGUCUGUACAACGACUUGAUAGAGUUGACUUGCGAGGCAUAUACCGAGAUGAACAACCUCAAGAAGGCCCAGCCUUACUGCGAGGAGGCUUUGACACACAACCCCAACUGUCUACCUGCCUUGAUUGGCAAGGCCACGCGCCAGCUCGAUGCCGACGAGUUCGAGCCCGCUAUUCAAACCCUCAACCAAGCAAAGGAGCACCACCAAAACUCACAAAAAGUCCAGGAAUUGCUGCAAAAAGCCCACACAUUGCUGAAGAGAUCCAAGCAAAAAGACUACUACAAGGUUCUCGGCGUCACAAGAGAUUCUGAGGAAAGAGAAAUCAAGAAAGCUUACCGCAAGCUCACCAUUCUACACCACCCUGACAAGGCUGCUCAAAAGGGAACCAGCCCCGAGGAAGCACAGAAGAAGAUGGCCGAGAUCAAUGAAGCAUACGAAGUCCUAUCUGACCCUGAACUCAAGGCCAGAUUCGACCGUGGUGAUGACCCCAACGACCAAUCUCAACAAGGUAGUCCAUUCCAGGGUCAACCAUUCGGCUUCCCUGGCGGUGGUCAACAGCAAUUCUUCCAUCAACGACCAGGCGGUGGCCAAGGCUUCAAGUUCCAGCACCAGGGCGGUUUCCAAUUCCCUGGCGGAGGCUUCCCGUUCUAG